AUGAAGCUUACUACAAUUUAUUCCUUAGCCUUCGGUUUAUUAUCGGCUCAAACACUUGCUGCUCCUGCUAAAGAUAAUGAAAAGCGUGAUGACGACGAUAAGGUUGUGAUUCACCUUACAUCUACUGUGCAAAAUACCCAGACCAAUACUCACAUUGUUGAAGGUACCAUGUCUACGCACACGAAUAUGGUUGUGAAUACUGCUACAGAAACCUAUACCCGUUACACUGCCACAGUCACUUCAACUGUGUUCGGUACGCCACACACAUACACCACGGUCGCUAACACGCCUAUUCAGAACAAGGAAGUUUCUCCAAGCACCACUGACACUCAAGAUAACGGUGUUACCGAAACUGCUGCUCCUGAGGAUAACGAUGCUACUCAAACCACCUCCACAGAAAUAGUCACCGACUCGCCAAGCUCGUCUGCGGAUGCAAAUGCGCCAGCAAUCACUCCUCAAAGUGCUACAUCUUCCGACUCUUGGAUAAUAGAAAAUGUGUCCACCGUAACGUCUAACAGUAUUUGUGUGGUAAACUAUGACUACUAUUACGCCGAAGAAGAAGAUGAUACCGAGACCGUUACGUCUACCUCGACCAUAUAUACUACGGUUACCCAAAACUGA